UGGCUACGUCACACAAUAAUACGGAAGUAGGCAUCCAAACAAGCAGCACGAGUCCACACUAAAUCUUUUCUGUCUAUUUGUCUUUUCAUACGCGUUGUACAUGUCUCAUUGUGUGAGCACUGGAGAAUAAAACAGGCUAAUCUUCUUAAUUAGAUCACCUGUGAGUCUCUUUGUGGUUGUCAGAGGAGCUCUAUGGACAAAUACUCCCUCCAGAAAGUCAUCGGCGAAGGGUCUUUCGGUCGAGCUUUGUUGGUCCGCUGCAAAAGCAGCCAGGAGAAGUAUGUGGUCAAGGAAAUCCAGCUGCCAAAGAAUCAGUCCAAAUUGGAAAAUUCGAGGAGAGAAGCCGUCCUGCUGUCCACAAUGAAACAUCCUAAUAUUGUGAAAUUCAGGGAAGCAUUCGAAGCUGAUGACCUCCUGUGUAUUGUUAUGGAGUACUGCAGUGGAGGAGACCUGCUCCAGAGGAUGCGGAGACAGAAAACUGCACAGUUCUGUGUUGAUGAUAUCUUGAGAUGGUUUGCUCAAAUGUGUGCUGCCACACAGCAUAUCCAUGAUAAACGGGUUUUGCACAGAGAUUUGAAGUCCAAGAACAUUUUCCUGACAGGAAAUGGGACAAUCAAGCUCGGGGACUUUGGCUCAGCGUGUAUUCUGAACAGCUCAAAGGCCUACGCUUGCGCGUAUGUUGGGACGCCCUAUUAUGUGGCUCCAGAAAUCUGGGACAGCAAGCCAUACAACAAUAAGAGUGAUGUGUGGUCUCUGGGCUGUGUUCUGUACGAGCUCUGCACCUUGCGACACCCGUUCCAGGCAUCCAGCUGGAAGAGUCUGAUUCUCAAGGUGUGUCGGGGUGCGUACCCUCCCCUCCCCAGUCACCUGCCCUACGAGCUGCAGUAUUUAAUCAAGCAGAUGUUCAAGACAAACCCAAAAGACAGGCCGUCCCUGCACACCAUCCUGACCUCGCACCGGGUUUCCAGACUCCUGCGUGCACAUCUGCCCUCCCAGGCGAUAGAGACGCAGGAAGAGGGGAGGCGUACGGGUCGAUGGAACAGAGAAGAAGGAACGAAGGUGGCUCAUCAUCUUGGAGAGAAGAGUUUGAUAAAAACGUCAACGUUUGAAGGUGUGGAGUUACCCGAAGCCCACCGUGAAAGCGGAAAGCUGAGUCCUCGAAAGCAGUGGGCCGCUGAGCCAUCAGACACAGUGAUGCAGGCGUUGGCUAACGCCAGCCUCGUCUCAUCUGCCAGCACGGCGUCCACCGGCCGGACCCUCACAGGCAUGUCAGAGGAACCUGAGGACAGCAGGCGGAGGAGACAAUGGGACAAGGAUCCUCCUGAGAGGCUUCUGAGUCUGUUGGAGAAGGCCCGGCUGAGCAGAGCCUCCAGCACUUUUUUAAUAAACAAAGCAGGUGAUGACCCUCUGGUGGGACCCCUCUCCCAGCUGCAGGGCGAUGACACCGAUGGCCCUGAGCAGGAAGUGGCCGUAGAUGAGGACCGGCUUCAGCCUCGCUCUGAUGAUGAGGACACAGACUUUGAGGAUGAAUCUCCGUGCCACUGGAUGGAUGAAGUUGAGAAAAUAUUUCUGGAUCACUAAAGCCUCAUUCUUUCUGAGCCUACAUAAUCACAAGACUGUCACCAUUAAAAACACUAACUGCUUGCAUAUGCCCAAAGUGUGCCACUUCAUACAUCUAAGAGCUAUUGUUCAGCUAUUGUUCUUAAAAAUGAAGACCUGUUUUUACAGCAGGUUUUGUACAAGUUUACAAAAGCCCAGUUAAGCUGAGCUGAAGUUUUAUGUAUUAUGUGUUUUAAGUUUUUUGCAAACGUUUGAUUGAAGGCUAUGAAAUUUGAAUUAAAUGUCAUUCAACUUGUUGUCAUAAAAUCUUUUUUUUAACGUAGA